AUGGGGCUUUUCAAGCGACUUGGAUUCUCCGGGCGUGCCUCCACGUCCAAUGAUGAUGUCCCACCACAACAAACGCAACGAAAAAAAUCAAUAAUAUCUCUUAUUCCUUUAAGUGAAGUGACGGAGGCAUCGUUAAAGGUUUUUCGACAACUUCCAGCUACAAUCCGUCAUGACCCCUCGAUGGUUUCCUUCCAGCAAGAAAAUGAACGAUGGAAAGCUGAGCAUGGCGAUGUGUAUGUCGAUGGAGCACGCAAUAGUGCAGAACCAGUAGAGCCUCGUCGUAUUGUUACUAAAAAGGCAGAUGAUGUUGAUAAAAUUGAAGAUUUAGAAGAUUCUGACUCGGAUAAUGGAGAAUUCAUAACAAUUAAAGUGACCAAUAGUGAAGGCAAAACGGAAUCUCAGGAAGUUGAUCACAUUAAAGAGCACUUCAAGCCUAAAGAAGAACCAAAAGAAGUCAAAGAUGCCAAAGAUCGUAUCCAUUUUCAACCAGCAGCUCCAAGACAAGAUACUCCACCAAAGGAUCAAGAACAACACGAAGACGCUCAACAUCCGUUCCAUAAAUAUGGCAAGACAGGCUUAUUGAUUGUCGUAUGGUUAUUAAUGGUCUUCUUUUUGACACGAACGCCUGAAAAGAAAAUUGAGAAAAGGCAACUAUCGAUUCCAAUUGACGAUGCAAGAAUUUACAAUUUCCCAGUUAUGCCGAGUGGAUCAAGGAUAAAUGUGACACUUGAAGGAGCAUUUCUGCCGGAAGUACUUGAACAGCAUCAAAGGCGACAAACUUUAAUGACUCGAAGGAAGAACAGCGGGGAUGUUAUUGAGAAAGAAAAGGAAAAAGAUAAUUAUUUGAGAAUUUAUUUGCGUACAACCAUUAAGCAUCGACAAUUGACACAGCAUAGGAUAUAUGCCAUACAGAAUCCAUCUGAUUUUGAUUAUUCAAAUUCAACUCGAUUACCGAUAAUGUUCGAUAUUGGUGAGGAUAAUUUAGAUUUAUUGGAAGAAGAUCAGGAACAAAUUCAGCUUGUAAUCGAAAGUAAUUUUACAAAGACACCACUGGAAAUGAAACAAGAAAUGCCGUUAAUAUUCAGUUACGAUAUUAAUCCAAUUAAUAAACAAAUUGGAGUAAUUUUUGCCGCAUUCGUUCUCAUAUUUCUCUACGCAUUAAUUAUUUGGGAAGUUGUUCAUAGGACAUUUGCAGCAAUGAUAGCUAGUACAUUAUCAAUUGCUCUUCUUGCCGCACUCAAUGAUCGUCCUACACAUCAGGAAAUAAUCGGAUGGAUUGACGUUGAGACGAUAUUACUUUUAUUCUCCAUGAUGAUACUUGUUGCCAUUCUAACCGAAACAGGUGUUUUUGAUCAUCUUGCAGUUUAUGCAUACAAGAUAACAAAUGGAAAGAUUUGGCCAUUAAUUCAUUGCUUAUGUAUCAUAACAUGUCUAAUUUCGAUGCUGUUGGACAAUGUCACAACUGUUUUGUUAAUGGCACCAAUAACAAUCACAUUGUGUGAGGAUUUGGACUUAAAUCCCGUGCCAGUUUUGAUGGCAAUUGUCGUUCAUGCAAAUAUUGGAGGUACAACGACACCUGUUGGUGACCCACCGAAUAUUAUAGUAGACAUCGAAUCCAACCAUCCUUGAAAGUGGUGUAACGUUUAUAAGCUUCACUCUCCACAUGCUGAUCGGCGUCAUUAUUCUUACCAUCACGACAAAUCUUCAUCUUCGUCUCAAUUAUAAAGAUAUUAAUACAUUAUUUAUUCACGAACCGAAGGAAAUAAAAGUUUUAAAACGUAAUAUUGUCGUUUGGGAGCGUACGGCUGCAUCAAUAUCGCCAUUCUCAAAGGACGCAAAUAUGGUUCGAGAGACCCUCAUUAAGAAGGUUAAAAUUCUAAAGCAUGAGUUGAAGAAGAAAAUGGCAAAAGGUGGAAUAGGUGUGGCAAGAUAUAAAUCAACCUUGGAGGAUAUGGAGAAGGCAUAUCCACUCAGAAAGAAAGGUUUAUUAAUUAAGUCUGGUGUCGCAUUGGCCUUCAUCAUAGUACUUUUUAUGGUUGAGUCGUUCCCACAAAUCCAUCGAUUAUCUCUUGGAUGGUCAGCACUACUUGGAGUUACUCUUCUUCUUAUUAUAAGUAAUCGUGAUGAUAUGGACGCCAUUUUACAUCGUGUGGAAUUCUCAACACUAUUAUUCUUUGCCGCAAUGUUUGUUCUUAUGGAAGCUGUAGAGCGUAUGGGAUUUAUUACGUGGAUUGGAUCUGGAUGUGAAGAUAUUAUCAAAUCCGUAUCUAAAGAAUAUCGUUUAGCUGUAGCUAUUAUUAUCAUUUUGUGGGUUUCUGCAAUAACAUCAGCUUUCGUUGAUUCCAUACCCGUAACUCAAAUGAUGGUAAAAAUUGUAAUCUCGUUGGCAGCGAGAAUAAAUCUACCAUUGCAACCACUCGUGUGGGCUUUAGCCUUUGGUCCGUCUUUAGGUGGAAAUGGAACUGUUGUUGGAGCUUCGGCAAACGUUAUAUGUGCUGGUAUAGCUGAACAGCAUGGAUACAAAAUGAAUUUCAUGGAAUUUUUCAAAUUCGGUUUUCCAUUAAUGAUUGGAAGCAUUGUCAUAACGACAGGAUAUCUACUAUUUGCUCAUUGUUUAUUUACUUGGCAUUAA